UCCAGUUUCAUGUUAUGAAAAAUAUGUUUUGUAAAGAUUAGAAUGUGAAUAGGAUGGAGUAAAUCCUUGAAAAUGGAUAAAUUCUCAUAAAUGAAUAAAUUCUCUGUAUGAAUAUUAAUGACUUUUUAGAUGUUUUACUCGUUCAGGUGUAUAGGAAGUUUUUCUUUCUUGUUGUAAAAUGAUGCUCUUUCUAUUAACAAGUACUAGAACUUCUUCUUAAAAAACGUUACGAAUUUUUCGAACGACACAGUAUUUAUUUAUUUGCCAUUAAAUAAACUCUUUAAUAUAUAUGGUUAGUUAAUUGUGAAUGAGUAUUGACUGUAACAGUAGCUUAAAAGUAGUUUGGGGGUUAAAUAUUCAAUCACUCAAAAAUUAUACCAUAGAUCGUACGGCUUAGUUUCUGAACAGGAAAGUGUUAUAUCUUAAAGGUGACAUACAUACGUUUAAUAUAAAGCUUCACAGAAUUUCAAUACAAUUGGCAAUAUCAUUAAGCACCUUAUGCAAACAGUAGAUCCAACAUAAGCCUUCGUCGCUCAAGAGAUGUGAAUUUCAAGCGAAUCAACAUAGAAAAGCAGUCGUGGUCAAGAACAAUCCUUUAUGAGAAUGUUGUAAGAAUUUAAGUGAACCCAAGUUAAAUAACCUAAGUUAAAUAGUAUUCCAUAAGAAAAAAACAAAUGGUGAUCUUACGCAAAGUUUGUAAGACGGUUAACAAAUCUUCUAAAAAGGACUUCUUUUUCUGUAUUUAACUGUAUUUAGUACAAAUUAUAUUUUUGUUCUUUUUUUCUAAUCCUAUCCAUAAAUUAUUUGAAAAAUUUUUUUUUUGAAAAUCAACGUUGUUUGUUUCUAGUUUCCACGUAGUUAGCCCCUUGAACUACAUUCAACGUGAAUUAUAUAAAUUGAUUCGCUCGUAAAGUCGAUCAUAAACAUUUACAAGCUAUAAUUCUUACCUAAACGAUGCUAGUCAAGACUUCCACAAUAGAUCGAAUUGGUCGAUGUGUCAUAGAUUUUUAAAAAAGAUUACACAGGUUAUAUUAUUUCUAUUCGAGCAGUUGCUCUUUCGAUCUCAAAGAAACAGCUAUGUAGGUGUGAAAUAACGGGAAAUGAAUGGGACGUAUAAUAAUGUGAAUAAUUACGUAUUUAUUACGAAUCCUCGACGUUGCAAAUGCAACUCGAAACAGGUUCGAACGUUUUAUUGGUGAUAAAAGCUGCAAGUGUGGACAUUUCAUGGCAAAUAUCUAAUUACGGAUACAUAUCAUGAACUAGGCUUCAAAAUAAUGGAAAAGGAAAUCUAGGUUGAUAGAACAAGAUGUGGUUAUUAAGUAAGAAAAAUUUGUAAAAAUUGUCUAUUAAAUGAUUUCGAUAUUAUUCCAAUAAAUUUACAUUUAUAAUAUAAAACAAUGAUUUAAACAAAGUUUUUAUUAUAGUUCUUGUAAAGUAAAAUAUGUUACUCAUUCAGAUUAUGUAUCUCUUGCAUUUGAAAUGAAAGUGAAGUAAUUUGCAUUCACUGUUAUUAUCACGUUAAUGUUUCGUUUAAUCAAACCUGAAGAGAGUUGAAAGAGAUGCAGUGGAUAACUAACGUAUACGUCAUGUAGUAAAUGAUUCGUUUAUAUUUCUAAUGUCUCGUAUCGCAUACAUUGCGUCCAGCAUAUCUCACAUGCAAACGCCGUGAAUGACUCUCCGUUUCCGUUUCAUUACCCGAGUGACCACACAAUUUAAUUUCGAACGUGACAAUUCCGCGAAGUAAUUAUCAACGGGACCAACUGAAUGCUAAUGCCUUUCAACGCUUCAUCGCACUGAACGUGCCAUCCUGAUUUUUGCGAAAACAAGUUCGAUUUGUUUAGGAACCAUAAAUGUGCGGUCAAGUUGCAGGAUGGUAGCUAUUUGUUCAAUGGAAAUUACAGCAUCAGUUUGUCUGGUAAAUAUCAGGCAGCUGGAACUACUUUCGUUUAUUUUCGUCAAGGUUCUCAGAAUUUGGAAAGUUUCUCUGCCAUUGGACCAUUAGAAGAACCUAUUGAUGUUAUGGUUUUGUACCAAGAACCGAAUCCUGGGAUUGUAUAUCGAUACAUUAUCCCUGGAAGUGCACCAUCUCCAAACAUUCAUCUUGGGCAUAAACCAGUUUCUAACAAAGCUGGUGAACCCAUUUUAUCGGCGAUACCUCAUAGGAAAAUAGAUGUUGGUUCUACUAAUGAUGGAACGCAAGCAUAUCUUCCAAGACGAUACAAAAAAAGGAAAUUCUUUUGGAAAGCAAGCGGUUAUACCGAGUGUAGUAGAACUUGUGGUGGAGGUGUCCAAAUGUUGAGGUAUGUAUGUACAAGAGAACACACGCAGGCUCCAGUGCCUGACAAGAGAUGUCAUACGUUGGAAAAGCCACGAGAAACUCAAGUAAAAUGCAAUACUACACCUUGUCCUCCCAAAUGGAGAGCCGGUCCGUGGGGUGUUUGUUCGGUUACGUGCGGUAGCGGUAAUCGUCUGAGAGACGUGGAAUGCGUGCAAGAAAUAACGCCAUCACUAGUAAUGAGAAUAGCUGAUGGUGCCUGCACGGAGCCGAAUAUUCUUCCUACUACCGAGAUUUGCGAAAUGCCACAGUGUGAAUUCGAUACGAAAGCAGCGACGACAACUUUACCGCCACCACAAUGGAGCGUGGGCACAUGGUCGUCGUGCUCCACAACUUGUGGUCCAGGUAAAAGAACAAGAACUGCAACCUGCGUCACUCACGGACCUUCGUGUGAUCUCGAAGUGAAGCCUAUUACUCAAGAUGCUUGUGAUUUGGGACCUUGUUCCAUUAAAUCACCGCAAACAAACGCCAUUUCAACUAGACUUCAAAGUCCACAAUGGUUGUACAGUGAAUGGUCUGAUGGGUGCUCAGCCGAAUGUGGAGUCGGCUUGCAGACGAGGAAGAUCUUCUGUGAAAAAAGUCCAGAGGAAGGAUUUUGCGACCAAUCGACAAGACCAGAAACAUCAAGAACCUGUUCCAGCAACAGAACCUGUAGUGGACAAUGGUUUACGGGACCCUGGACCGCGUGUUCUACAGAAUGUGAUUCAGGCGAACAAGUUAGAGAAGUGGUGUGCAUAACGAUACUUCGUGGGUCGCUCCGCGUUGUUCUGGACAUGAACUGUCCCGCAAACAAACCGGAAACGAGAAGAUCCUGCAGCGGUCCACCUUGUACAUCCUCGUGGUUUAUAUCAGAUUGGACAGAAUGUUCUCGAUCGUGCGGAAAAGGCAUUCAAAAGAGAGAAGUAAGGUGUUUGAACAGAGAAGGUCAACCACCUGAGCAUCACGAGCUUCAUUGUAAGGAAAAGGAUCGUCCUAUAUUUCGACGAACCUGCAACGAUUAUCCUUGUAAGGACGACGUUCACAGAUCUGAAAAUCAACAUACAGUCCUGCAAGUUCAAAACGAUCCAGAAAUCUCAAAUGUUCUCGAGGAAAAUCCACUUUGCAAGGACAGUACGACAAAUUGCAACUUAGUGGCGCAAGCACGACUCUGCACUUACCAGUUUUAUCACCAACUGUGCUGUCAAUCGUGUUCCAAGAAGCAAGAAUUCGAAUGAGAUUUUUUCACCACUAACCAAAUGUAUUUUUAAUGCAAAUUUAACACUUCGAUGAAUGAUUACGCUCAGAAAUCGAAUCAUCGAAGGUAGCCUUAUGAUAUUAUAUGUGUUGCUGUAGAUUUACUUAUUCUUGCACUGCCUGAUGGAAUUUUUAAUGUCAAUUUUUAGGUAUAGAAAUAAUAGGUAUUCGUCCCUCUAAAGAAAACACACAAAAAUUGUUCCUUUAGAGAAUCUAUAAAGUUCAUAAACAUAUUGACGUAUUAAGCUUUUGUAACGAAUAAUAAAUUAUAACAUUUUCAAUAACGUUUUAUAAUGUUUAAAAAGUGAAUUAUUUAUCGAAUCACAUAGCUUUAAUUUUUAUUUUAUAGAGACGAUGGUAUUAAUGAAUAUAUAUUAUUAUUUAUAAUUAUUCUAUCUCUGUGAAAAUCGUCUGAUAGUAUAGAAAUUAUUCGAGGUUUCUAUUUAAUAUUUUGGAAAUUUAAUCGAAUUUUGAACGGCGAUGAAAAUUUAAAUCGUCAACGAGAAAUUAUAGACUGACCGUGUAAAUUGCAAUAACGUAACAUUGGCAUUUAAUUUGUAUUAUUUUUCAUAAUUCUCAUUUGCCACAAUAAAGUUUAUGCUUUCUACGUUUUC